AAAGUAUUGAUUAUUCAUAGCGAAAUUUCGUGUUUUUUUAGUUAACCGGUGAACUGUUCUUAACCGUUAAUUAACAAUACAUUGAAUUACAUUAAAAACUCAUUUUUUGCAUUUAACUCAACAUAGGAAAGAGAGACUCGCAAUGAAUCACUCGCACCGUGAAGAAGAAUAUCAGGAUUUUUUGGGUUGUUUCAAAGCCCAAGUUGAUCCAAACGAUCCUUUGCCCCUCUUUGUCCCCAUAUACAAUUUUACGGAGCAUGAAAUUUCUGGAGAAAUUAUUCAUUGGAUUCAGCAGUACCUAAUGCAGAUGAAUUGUCCGCAACAUUUGUUGGUUCCCCUUGUCAAUGAAGUACUGCUAGAAACAAAAAAGUCUUGUAAAAAACUUCCCAAGUUAUACGGAUUUGAUGGAUGUGUUUUUAACCCAUUGAAAUUAAGCACAAUGGUAAUAAGUCAUGCUAACGCUAUUUGCGAAAGUUUGUCAGAUAAUGCUAAAUUGAAUGAAUUUCUAUCAAAAAGUUCAGCAAGCGUGCUAGACCGAACACCUCUGUAUUACGUAAAAGCAAUUAAAAAUACUCGGCGAAAAAUGGAAGACAAAUAUAAGUGUAUUAGUGAUUUUAACGGAAUGUUUAAAAGCUUUGACCCGCAACCAACUAGUUAUUAUGGAGUAUUUGAUGGUCAUGGUGGUCACGACGCAGCCAUUUAUACAGCAGCUCAUCUCUGUUAUAACAUUGCCAACAGCCCUAAGUAUCCCUCCGAUAUCCCGGAGGCAAUGAAGGAAGCUUUUAUGAAAACUGACGAUGCUUUCAUCGACAAAUCUGAGAAACAUGGAUUGUCAAGUGGCACAACUGCAAUUGUGUGUAUUUAUCGAGCAAUUGAGAAGCGUUUGUUUGUGGGAUGGGUGGGUGACUCACAGGCUCUAUUGGUAUGUGAAGGAAAAGUGUGCCAGAUAGUUCAUAUUCCAUCUGUAGAGAGCGAGUGCACCAGAAUUGAACAAAAUGGAGGUGUUGUAAUCAAUUGGAAUGGUUCUUACCGUGUCAAUGGUGUGCUGGCUGUUUCUCGAGCGAUUGGUGAUGCACCAUACAAGCCAUAUGUAUCGAGUGAUCCUGAUACAUCAUGUAUUGAUUUGAACGGCAAAGAGGAUUUCUUAAUUAUUGCCAGUGACGGUUUGUGGGAAUCGCUAACUGAAGAUAGUAUAGCAUUGUUAGUUUAUAGAAACAUUGCUGAUAAUCAAGGUUGUGCCGAUUUUGUUGCAGAUGAAUUAAUAGAACGAGCAAAAAAAGGAACGACGGAUAAUAUUACUGUUGUAAUAGUAUUUUUCAAAGACCCGAAGUUAAUAGCGAAGGCAACCUGGCUAAGUGAAAUGGAAGCUGCGUGUGAUAAAAAUAGUACUAAUAGCGUCUUUGAAAAUGAGGCAAAGUUAUCAUCAAUAGCGAUAACUCAUGAAUCCCAUGAUGAGCAACAAGUCAGCCCCAUCAAAAGUGAACUAGACCACCAGUUCCAUGGCGAUUUGGGGCCUGAAACGGAUGUAGAUGGACAAGAUGAUUUCAAUUCAACUGACACGUCGAACAAUUUUCAACCUAAGAAUGUUUGUGACAUCAAUUUGUCUAAUUCAGUGAAAGCAGUUUCAUUAGAACACAAAAUAAUACAGCAUCUUUCUGAACAGAAUAAAGAUUUUUUGGCUAGCAGUCAUCCUUUCAACAAUGAUACAUUCGAUGAAUAUCACGACAAGAUACAUCAGGAAAGCAAUGAUAACGAGAGUGACCAUAUCGGUGAACAAGCAGUUGAUAACAAAAUCAUUGAUGCUCUUGAAUCACUAGAAAUGGCCAAAGAAGAAAAAGAAAAGGAUCAAAUUGAAAAUGUCACUCAUGAUCUGGUUGAUACUUUUACUAUACCAGAAAAGAUGGAUUAUUUCCACGAAAAACAGUGCACUACAUUGGAUUCAGAAACUGUAGAAGAACAACAAAACCAUCAACCCCUAAACAUCUUUGAAAUCAGUGCCAAUCGAGAGAUACAUAGCAAUACUGAUUACACACAAUUUUCAUCCGUUGCCGGUGAAACAUGUAUAGCUGAAGAGUCUGACGACGAAGAAGAAGAGGAAGAAGAGGAAUGGAAUUACAUCGAAGGCGAUAAAAAACCUAUGGAACAUUCGGAAGAUUCUGCAAAAGAGAAAACGGACGAUACGAAUCAAAACUGUGCACAAUUAAUAAAUGAAGAAGCGUCAGCAGAAGAAAUCAUUGAACAAUCCACGCCAGAAGCAGAUUCUACAGUCGACAUAUUAACUUCUAUGAACGAAGAAAUUCUCUUGUCUGUGGAAAAACAAAGCGAAACAAAAUAUAGCGAAAACCAGGAAACUUUGGAAAGCUCACAGGAUUUACUAACGCAGGAUUCCGGUGAGCUAAUUGAUAUUGGACCAGUGAUAGAUCCAGAACUAGUAAAAAAAUUCGAUCACGAGAAACAAGAUUGUAGAGACGAACACCGCAAUUCACCUCCAAACUGUGUAGCAGAACCAUCAUUAGUUAGUUUUGAAGAAACGGAGGUAUAUGCAACAGAACAAGAGCCUCAUACAUUAGUGACCGAAUUAGAACCAACAGACAACAAUAAAAUCAAACGACCCGACAAUCUAGCAAUGGAAAUGGCUUCGAAAUUAAAUCCAGAAGCAAAAGAAUUUGUCCCAGUUUGUUCGCCAUCUCGAUCAGAUCCCGCUAGUCCCAUUAGUAACGUACCACCUGUACUACAAAACCCAUAUUUGAUGCUUUCAAAUGAUGAAGUCAUUGCACAGAGCCCUAAAAAAGAUAUUAACGUCAUGGAUAACAUUGAUGUUCCCGCAGAGGACGAUUUCCAACAAGAGAUGAACAAUCGACCUCAUGAAUUUGAAAACACAACUGAAUACACUAAUGGUAAUGAUGAAGCGUUUCGCUCGCACUCACCUGCUAGCGAUCCUUCUUAUCAAGAAAUAAAUCUCAAAGAGGCAAUGCAAUGUGACGAAAAGCUUGACGGUGAAUAUAGCGAUGAAAAGCAAGUAUUGACCGAAGAAAUUGUUUCAGAGAUACCAAUCGAAAGAAAUCUUUUUACUUCGUUCUCGAAAGAAUCUGAUGCAAUGAAUACAUCCUUUUAUGAAGGACGAGAUAAACCGAUGCUUACGAGUUCAGACGAAUUAAACAAGGUACAUUUACUACCAGAUGAUGAUCCCUUAGAUCAGUGUAAUGUGGAUGAAACAAAAAUCUGUUUGUUGGAAAAUGAAGUAAACAUGAAAGCACAAAACUUUUCGAGCAACGAAAAUAAGGCGAAUGAAAGUGAAAAAGUAGAUGCUCCAACUAUUCUUGCAGUUGCUUCACAGGUCGUUAGUGAUGUCACAGCUCUGGUCGAUCAAAUGCAAAUUGAUACACUGACUAAUAGGCUUGAUUCUGAUUUACAAACAAUUACGUUACUGGAUUCUUCAAAUGAAGUGCAGCCAACUGAUAACUCAGGCAAUCUUUCAAUAGAAAUCAGAGAAGACGAUGACGGCGAUACAUUAGUAAAUAUUGAUAAUCAGCGCGACGCAAAGCAGCUUGAACAUAUUUCAGAAACCAUUGUUGAUAUUGAAACUGUUCUUCCAACACCUGUUGAAAUCGAUUUGAUUUCACCAACAUCUAAAUCUGAAGAAUUUGUUAUACUAGAGGUGGAAUCGAAUAAACAAAUUGAUACUAAACAGGAGACUAUCGAUACAAGCUUACCGCUAGUAAGGACGCCUGUAUUACCGGAAGUCGAACAACUUGCAGUGCAAGAUUAUGCUUCUAGUAAUAUCUUAGAAAAUCCAGUUGUGGAAGAUAUUAUCGAAUCGGAAACCUGUAAAACAUCUUUUACCGAAAAAGUAGAUCUGAAAAACACAGUCCUUGGUACCGCAAUAGCAGAUGAAGUAACCAAUUCUUUAUCUGUUGGUGAUUUACCUGUGUCCGAGAUAAACACAGAUCCUAAUCAAUUGAAAUUAGCUGUUAAUGGAAAUUCCAACGAAACAACCGUUCCUGUGAAAACAGCAAAAUCGGUAUCUACAACAAAAACUAUGGUUGCGAAACCUAGUACAAAGGUUCCACCACCGCACAACGCUGAUAAAAAAGGAACAACAGUUUCUAGCAAGCCCAAUGCGGAACCAAACAAGUUAGUAUCUACAGCGAAAAAAACAGUUAGAAAAACAACUGUUGCCACUGCACAGACUACCACUACUAGUGGCACCAAACAACCUCAUACUGCGUAUAAAUCAUCGACUGCUGCAGUGACACGCUCUAAUAUUACAAAUAAACCAGUUACUGAGAAGAAGACAUCCGGUGUCAUGAAAAAGCCUGCUACAGCUACAGUUGCCAAUAAUGACGAUCCAAAAUCGACGGUCUCAACUAAGAAAGUCCCAGCUACUACUCUGAAGUCAGUGUCAACGAAAAGCACAUCAACAAGUGGUAUCAUCAAUACUAGGCCGUCGAGCACCGCUACUAAAACUGUUGCCCCAACAAAAUCGGUGGCAUCUACUACAGUAAGGCCAACCUCUUCGCCAUCUGGCAAAACAAGUACAGUCUCCACAUCAUCAGCAGGUAAACCACGGACUAUUCCGAAUAAAACAACAGGGAAAGUGACAUCUACGUCUACAACAACCACAGCGACAGCAAAUAAAAGCAGCAGUAGUAUUCAGGCUACUGCUUCAAAGCACACUGUUACUUCCAAAAUUAGUAGCAUUACAUCGAGAACAAAUCCUGCCACGAACCGAGCACCAGUUGCAACGAGCCGACUAUCAACUACAACGAAUCGAGCGUCAACUACAACGAACCGACCAUUAUCUACCAUAAAAACAAGUGACGCUACUGUUGGAAGUCAGCGUAAGUCAAGCACUACGCCAAGCAAAAAACCGAUUUCGUCACCAGCGUUAAAAACUACCAGCUCCAAAUGUUCAAAUUCUAACAAAACCAUGCAUGUAUCAAAGAUUACUUCUGAAAACUGCUUGGAAACAAAUCCUCCAGAAAAUGACACCAAAAAUCAGCUAGAUUUUGAUAAACAACUGAAGAAUGAUUGUAAUCAGCUUAUUACCAAGAACGGAAUUGAUUCCCAAAUGAUUGUUAUCGAUUCCGCAGCCGACUAAAUUUUUGUUCCUUUCUAAAUUUAAGUAUCAGUUUUAUUUCGCCCUGUGACUAUAUAUUUGCAUGUAAAAGCAAUUUAUUAUUUAUGAAACAUUAAAAACAUACGAAAUCCUAACUUUGCUGCGUGUAAACGAUGACGUUCUAGCACAUGGUUCCGAUAUAUAACAUUGAUUUGAAGUAACAAUUUUUAUAAAGAAAAAAAUAAUCAAAUUUUUUCCAAUGUAAAAUGCAGACCGUCUUUGAAAUAAGUUUCGUCGAGUAUCUUGUUCAUUUCAUAUUAGCAGUGUAUUAAAUGUUAAUCCCAAUUCAAACCGAAACAAUUAGGUAUCAUACAUUUGAAUUAAGUACAUUUGAAAUAGGUAGCAGUUACGAGCAGGCAGGGCUUGUUCGUUCACUUUGGCUCAAUUUUGAUUCAUUUGACAGUACCGUCUCAGUGGAGCAAAAUUUGACAAAGUUGUAUAUGGAACAUUUGAAGAACUAGUUAUCAUCUUCAAUUUGCUGAAUUAAGUUUUGCUGUAUUAGUUGUAGUUACGAUGCUACAAUGCUAGUACGUCAUUAGUAACUAAAUGAGCAUUCAUUUAGUUACUAAUAAUAUACUAGUAUUGUAGCACCGUAAAUACAAAAGAUGCAGUAAAACUUUAUUCAGCAAAAUUGUAGUUAAUAACUGGUUCUACAAAUGUCCCAUAUAUAACUUUGUCAAAUUUUGCUCGACUGAAACGGUACUGUGAAACGAAUCAACAUUGAGUCAAAGUGAACGAACACGCCCUGCGAGCAGGUAAUUUCUGAAAUUAUUAUAGCAGUUAUGCAGCGUAAAACCGAAGAUGUUUGGUCUAAUUUACAAUAACACAGACUUUCUGUAAAUUAUUCCAAAUUUCUCCAAUAAGGGUUCACUGUAAGCGGAGCUAUGUUAUUCAAGUGGCUGGUUUCAAUUUUCCCCUCAAUGUUUAUUGUAUCUAGUUAUCUAGGCAUAAACAUAUUCAUUGGCCUUAAGCAAGUAGCCGAUCCGCAUUUUAUCUAGUCACUCACCUUUGAUUAAUUUUUUAAAACACAAUACGAAAAUGAUUUUUUUAGGAAAUAACGUAAAAUUUAAAACAAAAUCAAUUUAAUUUAAAAAAAAUCAAUUUUCAGUUCAAUCUAUAUCCCCUUAACUAUCAUGUACCAAAUUUAUUAUUCUUUUGAGUUGACGCAAAUCAGUUAAGAUAUUUAUUUUGGUCUGAAGUGCAAUUGGGUGUACUUAAACUGCUGAUAAAAUUUUUUUAUAAAAUAUAUUUUAUAAAUUUUUUAUAAAAAAACAAAAAUUCCUAAAAAUGAACAUAGAUUUGUUAUGCAAUGAGGAACAACAUUGUAACGUAACAAAAUGCAACACUUUGGACUCAACUAUAAGAUCCGGUUCGAAUUUGAAUGUGAAAUUUGAUUAUCACAUGAAUUUCCCACUUUAGCCGUUGCAGAAGGGUCAAAAGGGGAUGGGCGGAACCACAAGCAGAACCAAUUGUGCGCAUUUCGGGCUUAUAAGAAUCUCCUUUCACCAAUAGGAUCCUUCCAUGUAAUAAUCAUUUUUGCUGCACCGACUUUAACCCACGUGAUGGUUUGUUUGUUCAAAAAGCGCAACACAAAUAUUGUUUCAGACCUUCAGGAGUUUCCUAGUGAUUCCGGUUGACUACUCACUCCAUCCUCCAGUCUUCCACUCAUAUGAUACCCUUGUAUUUCGACUUUCCCUUCAAUUUAUCAUAUAAUGCAUAUAAUGAAUAUAUGCUAUAUACUGAAAUGAAAUAAAUAUGGAUAGCAAUAGAACAAUCUCAUCAGCAGUCUUUCGGAUCAAAUAUGGCUGCAUCAUUUGAAUUUCCAUCAGUACGCCCAUGUACAUACAUUAUUAAAAAAAUACAGCUAAUGUUUCCACUAUAUACAGUAGGUGUUUGAUGAGCUGGAACGAAACAAAUACCUAAUUAAAAUAAUAUGCUUACCCACCAACAAGGUCGAGUGGAUCAGCCGUCUGAUCAAAACCACAGUUGUGAGAUUAAACAGCCGGAAACCACGCAACAUCGCUCCUCCUAGCGCAGCUACUCAAUCUUAAGAAUAGAGCAUUACCGGGUAUAGCCGCGUGGAGGCGCUAGGUGGGAACUUGAGAUGAUGUUGGACGCUUCUUCAUUGCCUUCCCCAUGUCAUACCCAUGGGGUAAAUGAGUAAAUGAUUAGUAAAACUUUUUUUUAUGUAAAAUUAAUUGUCUGCGGGCUCGUCCAAAGAAAUCUUAAAGUUAGCACACCGAGUGUUUACGCUUUUGGCGCAGAAUAGAGGUAGAAGUUUUAACAAUCGGAUGGACAAAAAGUGGUAAAACAUUCCCUUUUGAUUUUGUCUCUUUUGCAAAGUUUACGCAUGGUAAGUAAUCACAGCAAUAUAAUCAGAACGCUGGAAAAAAGUAGACAUCACUUGCGUUGACGGUUACCAUACCAUACGCUGCUACCACCUUUAAUAGUUUAUUAUUAGGGUGAAUCAGAAUAGGAAUGUUAAAAAGUGCAGAACAUCGAAACAUUUGGCAAUUUUUCAGCUGCGUUUGUAUAUGGGCAUUUGUAUGAGUGCGUAAAAGAGAAAGAUGACAGAAUAUUUUAAUAAUGGAUAAUUGAAUGUAGAUGGUUUGGAGUAACAACUUGCGUUUAGCGUUAGUGUAUAUGGACGAUUUGAUGUACAUUAGCGCCAGAAGCAAGCUGCUGUCACUCCAAAACUAGCUAUCCUCAAUGAUCUAUUGUAUUUAUUUAUUUACUUAUUCGUCAGCUCAAGUAGACUACAUACAAUAGUAAUGAUGUUUGAACUCUGAACAUAGUGAGGCCAAUUCCUUCGUAAUUUUGGUUAUAAAAACGCAUUAUGUUAUUUACUGGUCCAUUUUUCGCGUAGUAGGUUCUAUGUGAAUUUUUCAUAAAUAUUUUUCGAGUUCUAAGGUUAUAUGCGCAUAAAAGUUCAGUUGCGAAAGCAGUUCUGCUGACUAGAUUCGUUCAGGAAUAAUGUCAUUGAUAAAGUAAAGUAUCGCCUGUUUGCGGCGUUCUUUAAGUGUUUAUAUAUGGAUGAGCAUGCAACGUGCUUCAUAAGAUGGUAAUGGAAAUACUGUCCAGUUUAAUUUUCGAAGCGGGUAUAGUCGAAAUUGUUUCUGGACAGAUCCAACGCGUUCUUCGUAUAACGCGGUAUGUGAUCUGAUAUAUGUAAUGUAUAAAUGUUUUAUUGUGUACGGAUCUUUGAAAUUUUGACUGAAGUAUUCUAUUUACUUUGUUUAUAAUAAUAGUAUUAUAAUGUUCUGUAAAUUGGCAUGAACAUUUUUUAUUUCCAUAAAUAGUUUCAUGUCAUCUGCAUAUACAAGUACUUUGGAGUGCUUAAGUGAGAAGGAAAUGUCAUUUACGAGACCCAAAGUGAGAACCCUGGGGAAACCCAGGAGUCAGGAGUUUGGAGUUCAGGAGUUUGGGUUUUAUUCCGAUUUUUGCUAACUUGAACAGUAGUAAUGGAACGUCUAUUUAAUCAAAUGUCUUACUAAAGUGCUAGUAGCUAGCUACUACGUGGUUGCCAUUGUCCAUUGCAUUUAAAGGGAAAGAUAUAAAUUCCAGAAAAUUUGAGAUAGUAGAGCGACCUUUAAAAAGGCCGUGUUGCUGACUUGUAAUUCUGUGUUUUACUUGCUGAAUUAUUCUUUCAUUUUACAAUUGAUUUAAUUAGGUAAGGAAUGCAGGAGAUAAUGGUUAUUUCACGGUAGUUGCGGAUGUCCAAUUUUAUUCCCGAUUUGAAGAUAUGGACUAAAUACGAAGAUUUCCAAAUUUCCGGGAAUUUUCCAUUUUUGUAAUGUUGUAGUGCAUUGUAAUGUUGUAGUGAAUUCUUCGACCAGGUUUUUGAGAAAUAUUGGUGCUAUUCCGUCAGGUGAUGGGACUUUUUGACGCAUUCAUUCGAGUGCAUUAUAUCUCAGAUUAUUAAAGAAUUUAUCUAGUUGCUUCAAUAAUCUAAGAUUAUAUUGAAUGACUUCGCAAAACACAGUACAAGUCUGAGGCAGCACACGAAAGAGAUAAAAAUACGAAACAAAAUUUUCGAUGAUAAUGACAUUGAUUAGAUCGUUUUGAAUACUCAAUUGUAAUUGAAUACCCCACGAAGCGUUUGCUAUGUUGCUUAUAUGUGACCUAUAUACUGGUGCUACUCGCGUAACAGUUCCAUCUCCAUAGAAACUGGGGCUGUUAUUUGUUUAUAGCAUAGCAAGCACUACGUGAAUACCCCUGAUAUAUCAUAUCAGAUACGUGUUAUUUAGACAACGUUGUAUUUUGUAGAGUUAUUCAACAAAUAUUUCAAAUUUUCCAAUUGUCAUCUUUUCCUUUGCACUAACGCAGUUUGAUGCUAUUACUGCUAACACUUAAACUUCAACUAAGACUUAUAUUCUUUGCUUCUGGGAUUUAUAUCUAAAAAGCUCUAUUUUCAUUUGCGUACGCUUGAAUGCAUUUGAUAAUAUGGUGUCCUCAGUGUUGGUUUCCUUUGAUUACAGCACUGUUCCCAAACUGCAAAUUGUAUCGAAAGUUAUUCCGAAGACAAAUAGUUCAUCUGUGAUACGGCUGUUCGUGAGUUUCCGGAUCUAUACCAAAAGAACCAACUAUCUUCCAACGAUCCGUUUCGCUUGCAUUACUAUCAGAUUGCUAUUCGCCUACUAUUUCAGUUUACUAUUCGAAAAAUCUGUAAAUAAAAAGGUCCGGGAAAUGCAUUGAAUAGACAUCAGAAUCAGCCUACGACCCCCGGCACGUCGCCGUAAUCUAUGAGUGAAAUCUAAGCGUUCUAAAUCUGAACCUCGAGGAGGUAGUUGCCUACCAUCGCAAUGAAAAACUACUGGCCAAAUCCUAUUACAUGUGAUUGUUUCUCGUGUGCUAAAAUUGAUACGUAUCGAUAAUUUCAGAUUUCAGUAAAUUGCAAAAAAAUAUUGAUUGAACUCUGUCAUGUAAAAUCAAUCAGGAAUUUUGAAAAAGGAUCUAAAGUUAAUGAUAGAUGUCACACAUUUAUACCUGUUUAAUUUAAAAGAACGAAGCAAAUUAUUGCUUAUGGUAGUUAGUAUUUCAAACAUAUUUUAUAAACAUGAUACCAGCAAAUGUAAAUCAUGCACUGAUAUGUUAGAAUCAUGAAUUCACGCUCAUGGAAGUAAACAAACAGAGUUUUCUUCAAUUUGCAGUAGUAACCCAUAUUACUGACUGGAGCAAAAAUCGUUCUUAUGUUUCGCAUCUCUUAUGUAUUUUUAUGACGAAAAUUGAUACAUAAGAGACCUCUAGGCUUUUGAAUGUUCCACUGUGCUCUGCAUGAAUUUUUAAACCGUGAGUUCUAUUGUGAGGUAUUAACUUUAUCUUGUAAUAUCUUGACAUUUUAGCAAUAAAGAACUGUCUUAGGGUUCUAUAAAUUGGUCACUAAACGGCGUUAGUAUACGAGCACAUUCUAUUUUGUAUUUGUAUACGAGUAAGUCAAAGUUUGCGAAAGUAACGAUAGGUUAACAACUCACAUCUAGUGAAUUUAUUGUGUAUCCUGCACAAAACUGGACUUCCGAAAAAAGGCAAACAAUUUUUCUUCCGUACCGUACAUUAAACCUACACCUUUGCUCUUGUUUACGGCCGUAUCCUGCAUUCGUACGAAUCGGGAAGCACUAUUCUCAUAUUCGAAUGAACAAAAGGAAUCGAACGUUCGAAUUGAUUCGAACGAAAACAGGAAUACGAAUCGGCUUAACUUUCGAACGAAUAUUAUUCGAACGAAAACAAGAGUAAGGGUGCUAGUGUCGGAAGUAGUGCGCUGUAUAGCACGUCUCAUUUGUUAUACAGCGCACUACUUCCGACACUAGGUUUAAAAGAAACAACGUUUGCCAUUUUUUCGGAAGUCCAAUUUAGUGCUGGCGACACAAUAUAAAGGAAAUUUAAAACAUACGCUGUUGUUUUGCCCAUUUGAUUUUGUUGGCAGAAUACCAUCCACUUUCGUUCGAAAAACCAAUCCGUUCGAAAUGCAGAAUAGGGGCAUUUGUUCAACGUUUCCAUUUACCUAAGUGUAGGUAACCUAAUUCAUCUGGAUUCAAUUAAAGAAGAGUAUCAGUAGGAUAUAUCAGGCACAUAGCAGACGCUAGCUACAUUCCCCCAACUUUCUUUCCGUAGAGUAAACCAAAUAGUGUAGUUGUUUUCUUAAUCUAAAGUCAUUAUGAUACAUGACAUAAUGUCAUCAUGACACAUGGUCUAGCAAGCCUGCUGUCGUAGAUUCUAAUCUUGAAUCUUCUAAGAGGCUUUUAGAGUCAAUAGGAUCGUAGACCUACCCCUGCAGUUGUCCUGUACUCUAUCCGUUGGCUGCAAAGUUGGUCGUAUAAAAACAGACGAUCAAGCUCCAAACGCAAAGGCCCUCAAUGUCACCACAUCUCACUUCUUUCACGGAUCACUAUCCUUACAGUCGCCUCAUCUUACGGUGGCCAUUGGAUGUGCACAAUCGUCUUGGUUACCGAAGUGCACCAAGGCUUUGUUUUUUACAUUAUGCAAGUUAGUUGUUCGCAAUUGUUUUAGUGGUAUUAUUAGACGUCAGUUCCUAAAACGAUUGAUAUCUUUUCAAAUAUUAAUACACUGAUAUUAUAGGACAAAAGCCGUCUAAUUAUAGGACAAAAGACGUCUAAUCGACGUUAAAACUCGACAUGCACCGAACUUUACCAAAGCGCAUACCUUGUUAUAUUAAGUACUUCUUGUACUUAGUACUCAAAGAUGCUGAUUGCUUAGCCUGAAUAAAGCAAGUUGAAAACAGAAUUUAGCUCUUUUUACCAUUUUUGUUUGUUGAAUUUUACAUAAGAAAAGUCUACGUGGACAAAGGGGGGAAAGUCGAGUCAACGUUUUCGGUUAUUGUUAUUUUUUCAUGUCCCUUCUAUGUGCAUUUCACGAUUCGCAAUAUAUGUGUACAAAACGACCUCUCAUAGAUCUUCUCAUUUGGAAUAUUCGUGAGAAUUUGUGGCAAGUGUUGCAUGUCUUUUUCACUUUUUAAUAAAUUCCUAUUCUGCUUCACAAAUAGAAUAAGUUUUUAAAAAUAGCAGCACAUAGCGAAUACACUAAAAUUCUCAUACUCAAAAAAGCAUUUCUCGUGCGAUUAAGACUUGUUCGCGACAAAAUCUGGACACCUCAAUUUUGCAAUAAAACAAAUUUGCUAGAAGUUUAAUCCAUGAAAUAAUUUUAUAUCAUUUAUGUGUGUAUCGUUAAUAAUUAUCAAACAAAUUAACAUUACUUAUUUGGUCUGCAUGAAAAAUUGGCGAACUUUGUAGUUUACCCUUACCAUGAGGGUUAGUGCAGACUUGUUGGCAACCAAUUUAGCUGCGUUUGUCCAAGAUUUUCGAAAUUUAUCUACAGUUGUUGCUUGUUGUUUGUGCUGGGACAGCUCUCUCUUCACCAAAGCCCAAUACCGCUCGAUGGGGCUUAACUCUGGACAGUUAGGUGGAUUCGCCUCCUUCGGUACAAUAUGCACUUCAUUAGCAUCAUACCAUUCGAAAACAUCUUUGGCAUAGCGACAAAAUGACAAAACAGCGAGAAUACAUCAUGGCUGUGUAGGAACGGUAACAAUCGUUCCUGCAGGCAUUCUUCACGGUAUAUUUCAUUGUUAACCGUUCCCGUAGUAAUGUAACUUUUGCUUGCUCGACCACAGCUGCAAAUGGCCUGCCACACUAAAUAUUUUUUGAGGAACUUGGCUUUGUUCUUUGUUCUAAAAUACUCUGCAACGACAUUCCGUUACAUGGCAGUGUAAAAAGACAUACCAGGAAGCUGUUUAAAGUCUUCUAGGACAUACGUUUCAUCGUCCAUUUUAACGCGUGGAAACUUCGUUAAAUAUUCGCGAUAAAGCUUACGAGCGCGUGUUUUGGCCGUUGUAUUUUGCUUAUCAUUACGGUUUGACACAGUCCUCACCUUGAAAGAUUUCAUGCCUUGUCGUUGCUUAGAUAUGUGCACGAAUGUUGGCGACAUUGGUAAUGGUACGUACAGAAAGAUCUGGUCUCCUCCCUAAUAUUUGUUUUACCUUCGCAUCCUUGUGGUGGUUCCUCAGAUCCAUUUUUGUUCCAUUUCCCUUCGACCUAGCUGUUGUUAAGCGAGUAUCUAACGAUUUUUAAACACUGUGAACAGUGCUUGGAGGAAAUCCAAGCUUUUUGGCAAAUUUUCUUAACGAGAGAUCCGGAUUUUCAUUGCGACCGUACACAAUUUCUUUUCGCACCUGCUCUUCUUUCGACGCCAUUUUACGCUGAGCGCUUGUAAUAUAAACAAGUGUUAUAUUUUCAGAAAGAACAGACAUACGUCCACCACUCUGCAAAAUAUUUCACUCAUUGUUCAUGUAUUUCCAAAGCUGUGUGUGUUUAGGGGUGUCCAAAUUUUGUCGCGAACAAGCCUUACAUUCUUUACUUUUCUUUUGGAUAAUAGCUAUUUUCGGUUUAUUUUACUCCGAAAAACAAUUUUUAGAAAUCGUAAUACAAUCUUGUAAAUUACAUGAGCCGAGAAAAGUUUUUUGAGUAAUACACAGUACAGUAACGAAACCGUAUCGCAUGCUCAAUGGAAUGAUAUUUUUAGUGACAAGUUAUGAUUUUUUCAGUAUAAUCUAUUCAGAAACUAAAGACUUCGUUCAAUAACAAGGAAGCUCAUUUUUUCUGUCAAAAUUAAUGAGUUAAACGGUGAGUGGAAACAUCUAACGGAAAAUGAAGGCGUUUAACAAUAUUAAUCGUUAGAAUCGCUGAUGCAAACAUUAUAAAUGUGACAGCGUAAAUACUGGAAACAGGUUAUUACCUAGGAUUUAUUACAUUGUUUUUGAGUAUUUCAUUCGUAUUAAUGGAAAUCAUCUUAAAAAAUAGUUAAUAUCGUUUUCCAAAUUGUUGAUGCAAGUUUUUGGACCCCAAGCAUUUUUAACAUUAAAAGUCAUACCUUAUUUUAUUAUCUGAACCAAUGAACAGCUCAAACGUCAUCACGAACAAUGAUAAGUAGGGUAAUACAUUUAAGCAAAUUAUAUAAUCGAUAUAAAUUAGCCGCAUUAAUUUACUAUACAGUUUGUUAUUCAUUCGUAUCUAAGUUAGUAUAUCUGGAGAUUCAUUACAACGCGGAUCAUCAACGAAAUCUAGACGCUAUUGCAAAGCAAACACUACUGGUGCGUGGCGUAAAAUUGAAGUCAUUUGCGAUAGGAAAUUAUUAAAAGUACUGAGCGUAGAAAGGAACAAAUUUAAUUGGUGUUUCAAAAACACCUGCUUCAGUUAAUAUCGUAGUCUACAGUGAUUAAUACGAAAUUUAUAAGCGAAAAAAGAUUAUAUCACAUAUUGCUUGCUUUGGUUGUCUAUCCAAUAAUAUUUCAAUUUUAAUUAUUAAUAAUCAAUGAA